UAUCUUUUGUCCAUAAACUCUAUGGAAAAUUACUCCUGGUAACUCAUAGUAAGAUUUUUAUUUCUACAACACAUUCAAUCUAAUAACUUUUAUGAAUGAAAAUGUUUAUUAUUACAUUUACAUUGACUCAUUAGUCAUUGUAUACAAAGUUACUCGUAGAAGGCCAUGGAACUUCCAACUUUUCCCCCUUUUUGUAGUGGUCAGUUUCUCGUUGCUUUGAUGCCAAUCAUCCUGCAAAACGUUCCCGGUCUGCGUUUGGUGCUUCAACGUUCCUCGCCUCUAAAACUUUCCUCGCCUCCUUGAAAACAUGGUCUUUAAAAGCUAAAAGCAAUGAUACGUCAACGUAACACCGGGGGCAUUGCAAAGCAUUGUUAUUACGUAAUUGCCAGUCAUAAUGUGGAGAAUGAUAAACAGUAUUUUCGUACAAUAAAUCAUAUAAUUUAUGCUGUUUCAUAGCAGCAGAAAUAACUCGUCAGUUCAGACUCUUCCUUGAUUGGGCCACGUAUUUGAAGAAUGGGUCAUUAUACUUCUCAUUUACAUAUAACGGCACGUAACAACACUUCCUAAUACAAUGGGGCUUUUACAAACGCGCUUUCUUAAGAUACUUUGAGUACAAGUUCAAGUACAUCAAGGCCAUUGUAACAAUACACGUAGUAUCUACUAGUUAUAUUUAUUAAAGCUUACAAAGUAAGGUCCAUUGGGUAUUGCGUAAUCAGGACAAAGUUCAAAAGAAGGCGUGCCAGAUAUUUUACACAACCCCUCUACGACGACUUUCCCACAUGUUGUUACAAAAUGGUCGACUUUGACGGCGCUCUUGUGUAUCUCGGGGCUUUUGGGAAGUACCAAAAACUCAUCUACUGCCUAACAUGCGUCCUGACGUUGCCGGUAUCUAUGCACAUGCUUGCUAUGACGUUUUUGGACGCCAAGGUGGCGUUCCAUUGUAACGUCCCUGAGAUACGUCACGCCGAGCCUGGGACAGAGAACUACAGCUCCAAAUGUCCUUUUGAUGUCAUCAACGAAACAGCUCUCGGCUACUUUAAUGGCACGAACACGUCAUCAUGUAACCAUGGUUACUGGUACGACACGAGCCAGUAUCACAGCAGCAUUUUCACUGAGUUUGACCUGGUGUGUGGCAGCAGUGAGUUGAACCAGUUCGCCCAGUCCAUGUUUAUGGUGGGGGUGCUGAUCGGAGCUGUUGGCUCAGGACAACUCUCAGAUAUAGUAGGGAGGAAGAAAACCUUCUUCCUGGGCAUCUUGAUGCAGCUCAUUUUCGGAGUAGCUGUUGCGUUCUCUCCCAACUAUACGCUGUUCGUCGUCUUCCGAGCUUUUGUCGGCGCCUCCGCUUCUGCUGUCUUCCUACCAUGUUUUGUUAUAGGAACAGAACUGGUGGCUCCCAGCAUGAGAACAUGGGCUGGAACUGUCGGCGAGAUCUUCUUCGCCAUUGGCUACAUGCUGCUGGCACUCAUAGCGUACUUCAUCAGGGACUGGAGGACUUUACAACUUGUCAUCAGUGUUCCAAAUGCAGUCUUCCUCUUCGCCUAUCCCUUGAUCAUUGAGUCUCCAAGAUGGCUGCUGUCCAAAGGUCGUGACGAGGAAGUGGCCGCCAUUAUGCGGAGGGCAGCCAAGGUCAAUGGGGUCACACUGCCUGAUGAGGUUUUCACAACAAAGAAAGUCGAUAAUGAAAAGCCAAAAGACGAGAGGAUAUAUACUGUGAUAGACCUUGUGCGGACACCCAACAUGGCGAAAAAGUCUCUGCUAAUUUUCUUUAACUGGUUGGUGAUUUCAUUAGUGUACUACGGUCUGUCCCUCAACACCUCCAACCUUGGAGGAGACGACUACCUUAACUUCUUCAUCAGUGGUGUGGUGGAAAUACCAGCGUACAUCUCGUCUGUCUACAUUGCUGACUGGUUUGGAAGACCAAAGACUCAUGCCGCUUACAUGAUCAUCGGAGCUGUGGGCUGUAUAAUAUGUCCAUUCCUCACGGCGCCGUAUCUACCGGAAGGUCUAAACGCACUGUCCAUCACUCUGGCCAUGAUUGGUAAAUUCGGACUGACCGCUGGUUUUAACAUCAUCUACCUGUUUACGGCGGAGCUGUAUCCAACCAUGGUCAGGAAUGUUGGCGUGGGAGCCUCGUCCAUGUUUGCCCGUGUAGGUGGGAUCAUCUCCCCGUAUGUGGAGCUGUCCAAGAGCGUGUGGGGUCCUCUGCCCUAUAUCAUCUUCGGAGCGCUGUCCUUUCUGGCCGCCCUGGCAGCGCUGCUUCUACCGGAGACGCUCGGUGCAGAGCUUCCGGUCACCCUGGAGGAUGGGGAAAACUUCGGAAAGUGA